GUAGUCUCGGUCAUUAUUAUACAAUGCUAUGGAUUAUAAAACAACUCUACAAAGUGUCUGCUGUAUAUGCUGAUAAAUAUCUACAAGCAAGACCUGCAGAAUACUUCAUGAAUAAAUAAGAUUUUAGUGUAAAACUUUGCUAUUGAAACGUAAAUCCAUAAUGGGCACAGGAGCUUCCAAAACCCAUUCAGCAAACAAGGAAAAUGUAGGCGAUAAUGAGGAAAGAGCAACUGUGAUUCAGAAUGGUUCAGCAUCCACUCUGCCUGAUAAUACUUCCAUUAGACAGCAAAUUGUACAGUCAAGACCAGAGGAUGAAGAAAUAGCAGAUGACAUUGAGAAAAUGGUUCAAAUUACACAGGGACAUCAAGGGAGUGAAAAGACAAAUCUCCAGACUGGAACACAGAUUCCUCUGGAAACAGAAGAUGUCUCUGUGACGUUUGAAAGCUUCCAUCACCAGAAUGGAACUCUCUAUACAUGUUUUACUCAGAAUGGCAUCAGAAUGUAUUUUGAUGAUGAAAAGGGGAUUGUUCCAUUUCCACCAGAACUUUACAGCCAAGGAAAGUUCCUUGAUAGUCAUGAUGAGUUAAGCAGCGUACAUUAUGAUAUCAUACAGGAUCGUAAUGACUCCUCAAGCACUUUGGAAAAUGAUCGCACAAAUUCUAUUAACAUACCUGGAAAAGGAACGGUCAUGACGUACAUAUUUGAGGAAAGGAUAAAUGUCUGCAAAUACUAUGACAAUGACUCUGAUGCAUGGCUUAUUUUACCACUGCUGUGGGAAAUGAAUGUGGACUUUAUUCUUCAUCGUGUACAGCAAGUAAAGGAAGCCCUUCCUGCCAUCACAGAUUUUAAGGAAAUCCUGGCUGCUCUUCGGCUAUGUAAUUAUGAUCCGGAUGAAGUCAUUUCAAUGUUUUUUGCUAUGUUUGGGGACAGCCUUCAAAGUAAUAUAAAUGGACAGCAAAAUUUUGAACCAAUAGCUCUUCAACGUGAAAUUUCCAAAAAAGACAAAAAAAUUGAAGACUUAAGCAAGCAAUUGCAGAAAAGGGAUGGUGAACUAGAAACAUUGCGCUUGAAAUGCAAAUAUUUAGAAGAAGAAAAGAGUCAUCUUGUUCAACAAUCAGAGAGCUUAUAUGAGAAAGUGGCAGAAUUACAAAGCGAACAGGAAAAAUAUCUAUUAAAUACACAGAUCACUGAUAAAUUACAAAAUUGCUUAUCUUUAAAAAAAGACUCACUAAUAAAAAUGUUAAGAGAAGCCCAUGAGCUCAGCAUCAGUAAUGACAAGCUAAGAGUCCUUGCAUCAAGUGGUCUGGCGGAGAUCGGCCUGAGCAUAGAGCAUCUACAGAGCAUGGUAAUAAACUUGCGCAGCUCCGCCAAAGAAAUAGAAGAGAUUCGUUUUCUCUACCAACGGGAGUCCAUGGAGAGGAGGUUACUGUAUAAUCAGCUUCAAGAACUAAGAGGCAAUAUCCGGGUAUUUUGUCGAUGCAGACUAGAUGACAGAAAGGGAGAACACUUAGAAUUCCUGGCAAAUGAAGAACUUGUAGUGAACUGCAAUGGGGCCAAGAAGCGGUUUAGAUAUGACCAGGUCUUUCUGCCACAGUGCACUCAGGAGGAAGUGUUUGAAGAAACUUUACCUAUUAUCAGAUCCUGUGUGGAUGGAUACAAUGUUUGCAUUCUGGCUUAUGGACAGACAGGAUCAGGAAAGACCUAUACCAUGAUGGGAACUGACCAAAAACCGGGCGUUAAUAUCAGGUCGAUUAGAGAACUCCUGCGCAUAUGUAACGAAAAACGAAGGGUUAAAUAUGUCAUAAGGAUUUCAAUGCUGGAGAUAUACAAUGAAGGUGUGUAUGAUCUUCUCUCUCAAAAUGGAAACAAACAGCUUGAGAUCAGGUCACAGGGAAAAGUGGUAACUCUGCCUGGAUUAACAGAAAUGGAAGUUGGGAAUGAAGAUGAUAUUAAAAAGAUAAUCUCAUUUGGUGGGAAGAAUAGAACAGUGGCAUCUACCAAAAUGAACACCGAAAGCUCCCGCUCUCAUCUCAUUGUGAUGUUUACACUAAAUGGAAUAGACACCAUCUCAGGGGUUGCAUCUAGCUCUACACUUACACUGUGUGACCUGGCUGGAUCCGAACGUAUAUCCAAGACAGAGGCUACAGGCCAGCGUCUGGUGGAGGCUGCUGCCAUUAACAAGUCUCUCACAGCAUUGGGACAGGUAUUUACAGCAUUAAAGACCAACUCACUCCAUGUACCUUACAGGAAUUCUAAACUUACCCAUCUCUUGCAACCCUCACUCAGCGGGCAAGCAAAGGCAUGCGUUUUUGUGAACAUUAGUCCUGAUGUAAAAGACAUAGGAGAAACCCUGAGUUCACUUCAAUUUGGUUCUUCCAUCCAACAAAUAGCCCUUGGCAAGCCCACUCCCCAAUCUUCAAACAUUAAACUCGGUCACUAAAGGCGUAAAUGCAAAGAAACUAACAUAAUUACAUGGUUUUUCCAGUAGAUCUUUAGAAUUAAAUUGAUCAUAAAAAAUUGCUUACCAUUAUCUCUUCCCAUUUAGCUAUUUUCAGGAUGAAGUGGUAUCUGCAGCAUAAACCAGUUACCAUCAGGAAUAAUGUGUAUAAUUUAAUAUUAUGACCAGUAUCCCCAAGCCUUCCAGAAAUAGCGACAUAGGCGUAUGUAACUGUAAUGGUUUUAAAGACUUGUGGUUGUGCCUGUCACCUAAUCUCAUAAGGAUUUACAGGGACAAUAAAUCCAUAACCAGCCAAGAAACCUGUUAACCUAGCAUUGCUUGGGCUAGUAUAAUGUGCUAAUGAAUGGGAGAUGAUUAAAUCAUAGCAACCCAGGGCAUAACCUUUUGUUACAUUCCUGACACAUUGGAAAAUUAGAGUCAAUUCUUGC